CAGCAUCUUACGCAGAAGACUCACUCCCCUUCCGACCAAUAUACCUCAUCCACCACCGUACAAACCAUGACUGAGACUCUGACACAAUCUGCAGUCCCAGCAGGGCCACGAGCAAGAUGGACGUACCUUGAUAAGAUAUUAAGCAGACCUGGUCCUUUCACAGACCCAGAUGCAUUUGUACCGGGAACGAUCGAGAGUGUUGAGCGUGCAAAAAUACUAGUCAUUGGUGCCGGGGGUCUAGGCUGCGAAAUCUUGAAGAACCUCGCUCUCUCCGGGUUCAAAGACAUCCACGUAAUUGACAUGGACACCAUCGACGUCAGCAACCUCAACCGCCAAUUUCUUUUCCGCGCUGCAGAUGUAGGCUCCUACAAAGCGGAAGUUGCAGCACGCUUCGUCGAGAAGCGUGUCAAAGGUGUCAAAAUCACACCCUACUGCGGCAAGAUCCAAGACAAAGACGAGGAGUACUACAUGCAAUUCGCCAUGAUCGUUUGUGGAUUAGACAGCAUCGAAGCUCGGCGCUGGAUCAACGCAACACUUGUCGGCAUGGUCGAUGGCGAGAACCCAGAUUCCCUCAAACCGCUCAUCGACGGUGGAACCGAAGGUUUCAAAGGACAAGCCCGUGUCAUUCUUCCAACCAUGACCUCUUGCAUUGAAUGCCAACUCGAUAUGCACGCCCCCCGCGCGGCGGUACCCCUUUGCACGCUCGCAACUAUCCCCCGUCAGCCACAACACUGCAUCGAAUGGGCGCACAUCAUCGCAUGGGAGGAGCACCGCAAGGAUAUCACCCUCGACACCGACGAUCCCGAACACAUCACCUGGCUGUACACGCAAGCGCUGGCGCGGGCCCAAGAAUUCAACAUCCCAGGCGUGACGUACGCAAUGACCCAAGGCGUUGUCAAGAACAUCAUCCCGGCCAUCGCAAGCACAAACGCCAUCGUAGCUGCCGCUUGCUGCAAUGAAGCGUUCAAGCUUUCCUCAAACGCGAACCCCUUCCUAGGAUACCCCGGUACACCAAACUACAUGAUGUACACGGGCGACGAAUCGGUAUAUACAUAUACCUUUGAGCACCAGAAGAAAGACGACUGUCCCGUCUGCGGAGCUGACACCGUCGCUCGUCCCAUCGAGAUCCCGGCCAACGCCACGCUCCGCGACUUCGUGGACCUGCUGGCCGAGCGCCCCGAAGCGCAGCUCAAGAAACCCUCGAUCCGCACGGGCGAGAAGAGCUUGUACAUCCAGUCCCUUGCGGACCUGGAGCGUCAGACGCGCGGGAAUCUGGAUAAGGAGAUGAGCGACUUGGUUGAGGAAGGCGAGGAAAUGGUGGUUACGGAUAAGGCGUUCCCGACGCAGUUCAAGUACAAGGCUGUGUUUUCGAAAUAA